CUGAAUGCGGAAGAUAAAUGGUGGUAGUUCCGGAAGCCCUCUGGUUUUGCGAAGGUUUCUAACAUAAGUGAUGUAUAUUUCUUUGGAAAAGACUUAAUUAAACAGUGAUGGGAAAUUCAGCAAGUAGUUAUGACAGUGAAGACGAAGGAAGGGCAGAUUACAAAGAGGUGGAUGAUGGUGUCUCAGAUACAGAGGUAGAUCUGAAUGACAAAGAUGGAAAUAUCACACCUGAUCUUCAUGCUUUAUUUAGUGAUCCAACUGCCUUGCGGACUGUUGCAGCAAAAAUAAAAGAGCAGAUUCCAGAAAAUGUAAUACACCAACAUCACAAUCACAUCAUUCGAUGGUUAAAAGACAGGAUGGAAAGGCUGGAGGAGACGGUGACAAUUGCUCAGUUUUGUGACAUGUUAAUGGGCAAGGGAGUUUCAAGAGAGGAUGCCAUCAAGGCAUUCCAGCCUUUUGACACAGAUGGAAAUGGUACAGCAGAGGUUACUACAAUGAUAGAGGCAGUGUCUAGCUUUAGCAGCCCUAACUUGAAUGGAGAGUUGGGUAAAAAUAUUCGCAUGCUACAAGCUUGCUCCCUGCUUCCAGGUUUUGUUGACAUCUAUGCAGGUGACACUCAUCCUAUCGCACAUCAUGGAGAAAAGAUUUUAAGGUAUCUGCUGAAAAACAGAGCAGAGAGCUCCAACCUUCCAUUUCCACACCUGACUGGCUUCAACAAUACCUGCUGUAUGCGGCUCUCAGUACUUAAGAAUGUCUUCAACACUAUGAAAGAUGCAGCUCGGGAUGAAGGAGAAGAUCAACUUUUGGCUGAAGGAGAAGAACUAAAGCCCAUCACCAAAUGCUACAGCAGACUAGAAGUGUCUACCAAUAGUUCUGAUGCAUACAGACUUACAAAUGGGGAUCCGAAUUCAUUCUGGCAAUCAGAUGGAGCAGCUCGUUCACACUGGAUCAGAUUAUAUAUACGAAGCAAUGUGGUUAUCAAGCAGUUAUCCAUAUCUGUUGCAUCAUGUGAUCAAAGUUAUAUGCCAGAGUUGGCCACUGUUUCUGGUGGGCGUGGUCCUCGAAGCCUUAGAGAAUUGAAAGAAAUCCGCAUUCCUAGUCAUGUAACUGGAGACGUGGUUCUCUUGAAGAAUGUUAAAGUUCAUUACCCAGUGAUUCAGAUCAACAUCAAGCGCUGUCAUAGUGAUGGUUGUGACACACGUGUGCAUGGCAUCAAGACAAUAGGUUACAAGGUGGUACGUGACACAGGCAUAAGUGUUGUUGAUGCUUCCGCCAAGUGGUACCUGCAGGUUUUGGCUGCCACUGUUGUAAGUGCCAUGCCACAUUCAGCAGCACUUUGUCCAACAGUUCUUGAAUACACAAGAAAUGCUCUGGAACAUAUGCCACCGCUUUCCCUUGGAUUGUCUGGUGGAGAACGUCCAUAUUUUCUUAGCAGACAUGUGCUGGAGGAAAUGGAGACCUUCAUAAAAAAGCUGACUUGUGCUGAUGAAAAACCAAUGCCUGAAGGAUUAAGUCUUCUUCUGUCUCUGAACUUAGCUCGUGGUCAUGUUGCAUCCUUACUUCAUACCAUUAAGUACUUCCAUGAGUGUCCUGAGCUGUCCUUACCAUGUGUGCAGCUGUUGCAGAAAAUGUUGGAAAUAAGGAACUCUUGUUGGGAGAAAAUGGGGACUUUACUUCAGGUUACUUUGGCUGGCUGUGAUGGAGGAAAACAUGAUGACUCAUCUGUCCCUUUCAAUGUUUUGAGCCAUGGAAAUGCUACUGGCCAGACCAAUGCAUAUAUAACAGAAGAAGGUAAAACCAAAGUCAACAUGUUCUUCAAAAGUUCAGAAAUGAUCCAGCUCACCAAAGUUAGAUUGAAAGUUGUUCCUGGAAGUCGUGGGCCUAGAAGAGGUUUAAUCUUUGUUUUCAACACUGAUCAAAAAGAAUUCCAAAUGGAGGAAGCAUUAGAAAAGUUUGCUGUAUAUGACAAAUGGGGGGAUAUAGAGUAUAAGUUCAGCGUGCAAGUCAGGAAUGCUGGUGUAGGUGGAAAACCAGAUAACCCUGUUGCCUAUUUUACCUUUGAUGAUGACUGCGAUGAGAUUGAUGUUCCUGUAAGUUGGCAUCCUGUAGGACAGUACAUCCUGGUCAAGUUCUUGGAACCCCGUCAAGAGAGUGCUCAGAAGCUUGGCAUUGUUGAAGUUAAAUUCUAUGGCUUUGUCAAGAAGCAUGUCUUCGGAGAAACUGAGCUUAAGAUCAUGCCACCCAGCACUACAAAACGUGGAGUUUGUGGAAGUCCUGAUAUUGCUUACUGGGUUUUGAAUUUUCUGGUUGAUCUCUCACAGGACCAGGGUAAAAAGAAGGGGAAGUUUUCAAGACCUGAAUUCUUAGAUUACACAGGUGUAGAGCUGGAAGCUCUAUGGAGCCUGUACAAGAGUUUUAAUAGCAGCACAGAGGAGAAAUGGCAGAACUGUGGUCUCUUGUUAAUGGAACUGCUGUAUAAACUUGUCCCUCAUCUUUCUCUCCAGAGCUCUUCUUCCAAGGAGACUGCUGAACUUCUCUUUGAAUACCUAUGCAAAGUCAUUGAUGAUCCAAAAGUAGACCACAAAAGUAAAAUCUACAGACUUUCUGAACAGCUUAUUGUUGACGGAGCAAGCCUUUUCUUUCCUGAUAAAGAAGCCAAGCGACAAAGGUUGUUCAGCAUGAUGAAUAAUGUUGAUAAACUAACAACAGCUCCAUCAGUAUCGCUAGUCUUCCAGUCCCUAUGUCAGUUCUUCAGUUCUGUUGAUCCCAGGGGCUUACUUGAAUUACCUAAAGUGCCAACUGAGAGCUUUGAACCAGGACCAGUACUUGAAGUCAUGCAGACUUUGGUCCUUGUAGCAGGCCAAGAAUUUGCAAUGGCAGUGUCCCGAGAUGACUUCAGCCAGCACAUGACAUACCUCAUUUGCCUCACAGGGUCAUUGCAGACGUCACUUAUGGUCUGGUGUUGGCAGCAACUCACAGAUUCUGAGGCCCCAGAGCAGCUGAAGGAAAAAGCCAUGAACAUGGUUAUCACAUAUUCCACCCAUGUGGCUUCAAAAGCUGUUGAAGCAUGUCAGUUGUUGCAGAAAAAGGACCAGGCAAAAGUGGAGGAACUGGUCAGAGAAAUGAACCCAGCUUUUUUAUCUUCUAUUGUGAGACAGUUGGUGCUGAUCUUAAUGUUUCUAGUUGACAAAAUGGACUCACAUUCCUGUGUGACUUUGCUACAUAGCUUCUACCCAUUGUCUCAGCAACUUUCCAGUCUUGAGAAGAUGGCUCCUGCUUUAUUUCCAGAGAUAACUAGUGAAAACUGGUGUGAUAUGAAGAAUGAUGACAUUGUACUCAGGACAUGGGAUGUUGAAUCCCCACAUAACUAUGACAACAACUCUUCUAUAGCUCAGCUUUUUUCCUGCCCUGGUGCCACCAAGUUCAUUGUCAACUUUGAUCCACGAUGUGAAACAGAGAGGAGGUAUGACUACUUGGAAUUCACAGACUCCAAAGGAGUCAAAAUUCGCUAUGACCAGAAAGUUGGUACUAGCAAAUGGCCCAAACAAGUCUACUUCAGUGGUCCCCAUCUUCAUUUUUCUUUCCGUUCUGACAGCAGCAACACAGAAUGGGGAUACAAAUUUAAGGUAACAGCAAAGGGUAGCCCAGACGUUCCACUUUCCUGGCCUUAUGACCUACAGUUGUCACUUACGCAGUUGUUUGGAUCUUUAUGUGGUGCAACACUGGCCUCUAAUCCAGUGAUGACUGGAGACCGGCUAUCAUCAUCAGAUGAGUCAGAACAGGAUGUGCUGCGUAGUGAGCUUUGGACUACCUUAUUCCGAGGUGGCUAUAUGGUCGGAACUGCCAAGUUACAGCGUACACUUUCUGGCAAAUUUGUCUCAGAGGAACACACACCUGUAUUGCAGUUUUUGAAGGAACUGACCAGUCAGUCAGAAAUAUCACAGGAAAAUGGAUUCCUGAUUGAGAAGCUUAAGGAGAGGUUCCUAGAGAAUCGUCGAAAAGGGUCUGUUGCAGUAGGUGGUCCUGAAGUAGAUGCAGCAGUCAUAUCUGUUUUUGCUGCUUUGGUGUGGCACGCACAACAGCUACGUGAUGACAUGGACAAAUUCAUGCGAAGCAAUGGUGAUAACGCACUGAGUGAGGGUAUCGUGCAUGCUUUUUCUACAGCAGAAUCUCUGCGACUGUUGCUGGCAAGUCAGAAACAGAAAUUUGCUACUUUAGAAGAGGAUAAUUUGGAACACAACCCAGUGCUUGCUUGUAUGGAGAAAGCUCAUUUCCUGUUAAAGUUUGCAGGACUCACCAGAGUGCAGCUCAAAAAUGAGUUACGCAGCAAAACAGGAAAGCUGUUGAGGAAGUCUGGAAACAAAAAAUUUGACAAGCAGAGUGUAAGGGUUGACAUAAGUGAAAAAUAUCCUUCCUUCCGUCUGGUGAUGGAGUUUGUACAGGAUCCAGCUUGGACUACAGAAAGAGUGCACCAGAUGCUACAAGAGCGCUCCAAGUUUGCAACAUCAUUAAGCAGAGUGUACAUGUUUGCAUCUGAGUUUGUCAGAGUCAUGAGCAAAGAUGAUAUUUUUCAGAUACCAGUGGUGCUUUUCUUACAGUCCAUGCUCAGUUACCAAGACAAAUUUGCAAAACACUACGCAGAUGGACUUGAUGGCUGUGGCCUUCAGCAGGAAAACAAUGUUCGUUCUUCCUACUACUGUUUAGUGCGUCGCCUGCUAGAACCAUUCCAGACUGUGCGACCACAUGCAGUAAAUCCUCAGGUGUUGCCUGCUUAUGACUUCAUUCAGGCAUGCCUUCUUCAUCUCCUGGACACACAGUGGCAGCCAUAUGAUCUGUCUUUUAUCAGCGAACUCAAAUUGCCAGAAUUGUUUUUCACGAUGUUGAAAGAUACAGUGAAAAUGCGUGAUGUGACAGUUGGAAGUGAGCAAAAGGAAGAAGAGCUUAAAGACUAUGAGCAAUGUCUGCACUGGUUUGAUGAGUGCUCAAAGGGAUUCAGCAACUGGUAUAAGAGAGAAGAAGACGCUUCAAAGGAAGAGAAGAAGGCUAUCCAGAUGUUCAUUGCAAGGUUCUCAGACUUGCUAGAUGUGGAAAUAACUUGUGAUGGGUGUGGGAACACAUUACCGGGGCGCCGAUACCGCUGUGUACAGUGUGUUGACUUGGACCUAUGUACAACAUGCUUUUCAGGGGGAGUUAAACCAGAAGGAGAGCACUCUGAUGACCAUGAGUUUAUUCACCUCGUAUACAAGUGCAACAAGUGCCAGGCCUUUAUAGUUGGAACACGCAUUCAUUGCAAUAUCUGUGAAGACUUUGAUCUUUGUCUAGGCUGCCAUGCCAAGAAAGAAUUCCCAACUGGUCAUUCAGCAUCACACUGUGUGACUGAAAUACCUCUUGUGAAAUUAAAGAACUCUCAAGCUUCAGACUCCGUCAUCAAGGCCUACAUUCACCAACAUAUCUGGCUUCUCUUCACAUCUGUGUGCCUCAGCCUUAGUGACAUCAUUUACAACACCGACAACUGCAUGCACUUCAUUGAUGCUGAUUAUAUUCGCUUGGCUGCACAGCUCCAGAACCAUUGUAUUACCAUAUCUGCCAAGUGUUUAGAUUCAGUGCCACUGGAAGCUGAGGAUGUGGUUGUUGAUGGCACGCCCAAUCUGCGGAUGAGCACUUUGCCACUAGAGACAAGGCAGGAAGAAUCUUUCGCUACACAUUCUCAGGAAAGGAUUAUGGGAUUGCUUGGAGCCAUGAUACCACCUAAAGACAAAGAGGUCUUAACAGAAAAUGCUUAUCCAUUCACCGAUUCAUAUUUUAUCAACCUUCUGCUGAGAGUGUACAGGGGUGACAACGGACAUGAGAUGAACUCGCAACACCUAGCAAUGGGAUUGUUGGCUCGUGUUUUGGCUUCCUCAGACAUCAAGACUACUGGAAUAUCUCUAAAAGAAUCAAUCCAGACAGGCUCUGAGGAGAAUCUAGAGAAGCCAACCAGACCAGGGCAAGAAACAGUUGAACAUUUCUUCAAUUUUGGAGCCAAAUGCCUUGAAACUGGUCUUGAGUGGGCAUGCUCUGUUGCUCGUCUUUUGGGAACACUGUCCAAGUCGGAUGCAUGGCAAGAAGCAGUCCAUUCUCACAUCACUGGUCAUAUAGAACAGCUUGUGGCAUCAAGUGUGAAGCCAGAUUUGAAAGCAAUCUAUGCCAUGUUUGUUAUGGCUGGCUUUCCAGAAGUGUUGACAGUAGGAACACUGGUUGAGUACAGCCGCACAACACUUGAAACCAAAAAGGGUGUGGUAAUCAAGCACUUUCCUGACAAACAUUUGUCUCUCAUUGUUGAUCGUCGUACUCGCAAGCGAUACACAGUCAAAGACAGUUUCAUCUCAUGUCAAAAUGAAGUGAUUGAGAUAUGGGAGGAUACUCACAUUAGUCAUUUUACAUCUUUUAUCAUGGAAGCAGUUGCAAGGAUACGUGGUGGUGAAGAAUCCUCGGUAGAAAGUUUAUGGAUGCUAGCAUUGGUGCUGAAGGCAUUGAACAGCUGGCUGAAGUCAAACAAGAUCUUUGCUGUCCCUUGUGUCUUUCGUGCAGAGUUUAUUCAGAGCUUAGUUUCCAUUGCCAGCAAAGGCACUGGCCUUAGUCAGCAGUGGCUUCUUAAGGAUCUUGAGGUCCUAUCACUGAUGCUGUAUAGUCAGGAGGAACAGCCACCAGGCAACAAGAAAUCUAAACUCACCAAAAAGGACAUGGAGGGAAAGAAAAUGGCAGAUAAGCAAGCAAAAGAAAGUGAUACAGGUGAAGAUGAAGAAGAAGAUAAUGAUGACAAUGAGGAAGAAGAAGAAGAUGAAAGGUUUGAUGAAGACAUCUCAUCAUCAUCCUUGUCAUGGGAAGAUGAAGAUGAAACAAAAGUUCUUUUUGGAAAGCUAGACGAGAAAACAAAACGCCUGUUUGAAGCUCUACACCAUGAUCUGAAAGUUCCUAUGGCAGUGCUUCGUGUUAUGUAUGAGAUGAACGAAGGCAACUUGGAAGCUGUGAUAAAGGCUAUCAUGGAAAACUUUGAAAAUUCUGAAGAAAUUGCAUCUUUGAUAGAAAAAUGGAAAGGAGGGGGUGUUGUAGGCAGCAAAUCUGGGGAAAAGCAGUCACAGGAUAGGAUAAUAGACACUGGUAUCCACUUCCACCCUCUUCUUACACGCACUGGGAGCGGACCUUCAGCUGCAAAAGAGGAAACUGGAGAGACACACCAAGAUCUCUUUCUGCCAUCAGAUCGACUUGCAGGGGAAAUAAGUGAGCAGCGCCGCACAAGGAGUGGUGAGCUUCUGAAGAAGGAACUUCAGAAACAUGGACGCUUUGCUUCGCGUGAUUAUCUUGCACGGAUAAACAUGGCCAUGGCAGUGUUGUAUGCCCGACAUGUUUUAACAGGACUGUUAGCUCACUGGCCUCAAGAUGGCCCUGUGAUAAAUGCAACUCUUCUAGGCUGUAGAGAGGUGGCACACAUGCCCUGUGUCCUUGACCUCCUUUAUAAGUCAGAGAAUAAAGAGUUUUUUUGCAGGGUGGUGCAGAAAGUGAUCCUUCAUUGUGACCCAAACAGCCUCAUUCCCAUCGCCUACACAGCCAGCCAGUUCAUGGAGGAGGUGACCAUGUCAGCAGUAGUAAGAGAGAGCACUCACAACUACACAAGUGGACAUCCAGUGGAGAAGAUACAGCUGCCAGGGGCUUCUUUUUUAACCAUCACCUUUGACACCAAAUGUUCUACAGCAGAAGAUACAGAUAUUCUCCAGUUCUCCACCUCAGAAGAUAUGUCAACAGAUGUGCAUGCUUUUAGUGGGUCAAAACCUCGUUGGAGCAGUUUUCAAGUUCCAGGGGACAUGGUUUACUUCAAGUUUAUCAUGGAAGGUGACCACUUAUCAUCACCCUAUUGGGGUUACAAGUUCACAGUGACUGCUGGCACAAGAGACAGUUUUGAGACUGGUUACACCGUUCUAGAAUCCAUUUUGUCCUCUCCUGUGGUGGUCUCUUUGCCUCUGGGUGAUCUUUGGCAGAGCCUGGCUUACGUGGCUUGCAAACAAACAUCAAACCAACGCCUGAAAGCCAUUCAGCUUCUGCUGCGCAUUGUUGCCACCCAGAGAGAUUGCCUCUCAGCAACUCAUCCGAAGACCCCUCCAUCUCCUGGUCACAAAAAUGAUUUUCUUUCUCUUCCUCCUCCCCUUGAUCCCACACCACCACCCCGGCUGCAGACUGACCUUAGCUUGCUCAGGCCACUUUGGGUUCUUUACAAUAAGAUGACAGGUGGAAAAGAAGACUGCCACACCAUGCAGCAGUCUGUUGUUCGUGCCCUGACUGAGCUCUUCCUUCAAGUAGAAAACCUGGCUCUCGAGGCAGGUAUUGUCAACACUUACUUGGCAUCUAUGGCAGACAUCAAUGAUAUUAAGACAAGUUUAGAACAGGGUCUGAUGAAUAUAGCUAUAGUGAGCAUGGCUGCAUGUGUGCAGAACACAGCAACUGAAUUCUUUGAAAAAAAGGGAUUAUCCAUGAGCCAGCAGGCAUCUAGGACUGCUGGGACUCCAAGCAAAGAGCUAUAGGCUUUCCUUAUUACAUUCUUCAUCAUUUUCAUCUUAUGCAUGCCUUUGAUUCAGAACCUGUUAUUUGCAUAUGUGUUAAUCGUAGGCUUGAUGGCAGAAACAUUGAUGACUUCAUUACAAAAAAAAAAAGUUAGCAAAUUCAUGGAGACAAUUAUAUGGAAUCUACAAGAGUCACUGGACUACUUUCUACUAGGCCAUAAGAGUGAAGUGAAUAUGCCAGCAUUGACUACUGCAUUACAUAACAGGUAUAAAUGUGUGGGGACAGGCUGAUAGUAAGAGUUACAUUGUAUACUUAUUGCCAGGACAUCAGAGAUCACAUGUUCAUUCUUUUGAUUCUUAAGCAUCACCUAUCCAUGUUUGUCCUUAUAGAAUGCAUCAUAGAUGGUGACAGUAAGGUGGCAAUGUAUUCAUCCAUAUUCCUUUGGAUUAAUUCAACAGAUAAUUUUUCAGUGAUGGGGAUUUAAGAAAAUGGUGAAUGAGAAAAGCACUUGGUUUUUAAUGUAGUUCAGGAUGCUGAAACUAAAAGUUGAAAAAAUUGUGUAUGCAUAUAAAGUGUACUGAUAAGAUGUGGCUUGUACAUGGUUUAGCUGAUUUGUUAUAUGAGACCUUUUAAUCUAUACAUUUCCCUUAUUUUCUUCGGAAAAUGAAGCAAAAUACUGAUUUUCACUAGGUAAUGUGGAACAGAAAAUGCUCAUUAUCAGUAGAAGAUAUGGAGAAUAUAUUCACUUAAUUCUGAUUUUUCAAUAAUUUUUUUAAAAUGAAGACUGAAUUUCCCACUGUGUGAAAAAGGGAAAUCAAGAGUGGUGAUGCUAUUAGAACCCUUAGAAAUCAGUGAAAGCUAAUCAUCAUGACAGUAUUUAUUGAAAGAGAAUGAGAGAGAGAGAGAUUCCUAAUACUCCCUGAGAUUUUUUAACUUUGAGAUUUGACAUAUCUAGAAAACAAUCCAUGCUGCAGGCUCAUGAUUUAUGUUAAUUCAAACAUAUUUUAUAAACUGUAAAAAAUUUCUGUGGGAAUAAAGAUUUUCUAUGUAUUUUUUCAUUUUAAAUGUUUGUGAAAUAAUGUGCAUCAAUUGAUCUCAGUUCUCUUUAGGCUAUCAAGAGCUGAUUAAUACCUAAUAAUAACAUAUUUUAGAAGAUAUUUUAGAAGUGUAACAUUGAAAUAGUAAUCAGAUGGGUGUAUAUUUUUUUUAUUUGUAAAGAAAAAGUUUAAUUUAGAAAAAAGGUGGAGCUAGGCAUGAGAUGUUAACAAAGUUAAAUGUCUGUAAAGCAAAAUGUGUGUUCUGAACACAGGAUUCACAAUUUGUUUGGGCAAACUUGAUGUCUUUAGCAGCUUGUAGGUUUACAAUAUACCAUAUCUGCUAAGUACUGGUAUCUAAAGGAAAAAGAAAGAUAAUUUAUAAUAUAUAUGUGAUAUGCAUUCUCUUUUUAAAAAAAAUCUUAUUCCUUGUCCAACCUUGCUCUUUAAUUCAUGUUAAUGUGUGAUGAAACUGUGUUUUUAUGUUAUGUUUACAUUGUAUAUUCAGGGGAGCAGGUUUUGCUUUUCAGCUAUCGAAUCAGCAAAUAUGGCUGGUCAUUGAAGUUGUUGUGGUCAUUAUCACAGCAGGGAUUUUAUUUCAUUUUAUUUUAAUAUUUUGUUCCAUCAUCAAAGCUUCAUCAGACUGUUAUAUACAAAAGUUUUCACUUUGAAAUUACAGUAAAAAGAAUGUGAACUCGUUUAAACCAAGCCAAGGUGAUAUUUUGAUGUAAUUUAUGAUAUGUGAAGUUAGACUGUAACUUACUGCCAUAGGAACUUGUCUCCUUUUCUGAUCGAAUUCCGCACUUUUCUUUUUUGUUCUUCCUAUAUGUUGCUGAUAAGUCUUGUGGCUUCCAUUAAUGAGAUUACCCACAGGAAAUGUGAAUAACAUUAGCUUUUUUCUAUUCUUGUGUUUUCUGGACUUUCUCACUAAACUCGUAUGAAAUAUUUAAUACCAACUUUUUAAAAAAAGUUUUGGAAUUCAUUUAUUGGGUGUGCCCAACUCAUCUUAAACCAUCAAAAAUUGCUUAUAAAAUAAGACCACAUCAGAUAGUUGUGCCAAAAAGCAUUUUGAGAUAUUCUGAGGGUCAGACACUGUGGCUGUGGCACCUCCAUGUCUUCUCAGACUGCAUUAUAGUUAUCGAUGUAAUGUUCUUGCUUGUAUACUGUUGCACUUUUUUUUAUGUAUUUGCAUCAUAUGCUUUAGUUUGUGACUUUCCCAGGAGUAUUUCACUAUUCUGUUGUUCUUUAUUUAUGUGGUUGUGCUGGUUGAAUCCAAGAAUAGAAAAUAGGCAUGAAAAAAGUAAUUGCUAAGAUAAUGAAAGUGUAUUAACCAUAUAACUGAGGUACUAAAUUUACAAUUGCUGGAUGCCAAUGCUAUGUUUUAAAAGAUGGAGAAGCAGUUAUAUGUUUAAAAAAAGUUUUAUUCCAGAGAAUCUGUCUGAAGGCACUGUAGAAGGAAAAUAAAAUUCAAACUCUCCGGGCAUUUUCAGCAAUGCUACUUCUGAAAUUAAAGUAAAAUUCGAAGAUAAUGCCACAAAGAAUAGCAAUAGUUUUUGGUAAUGAGUUGCAGACAUACAUCAACAUUGAUCAGAGAGAAUUGCAUUCCAAAAGAGAAGUGGUAGGGGUGAGGGAUUGAAGAAUCUCAUCACUUGGUCUUACCUAAGCUCACUUGAAUGUCGUACUUUUUGAAGUUUGUCUCAGUCGUAUUUUAAUAAAGGAACUGUUUAUAUCUGAGGAUAGAGGAGAUAGUUAUCUGUGAAUCUCACACAGGUGAUCCUACUUCCUGUUUUAAACAAUCUGGCUGUGAAAAUGUUCAGAAUGUUAAUGACAACUUUGGUAUCCUUAGUGAUACAUCUAUAUAUAUAUAUCUUUUUGUGCUAGAAACAGUGUAACUAGUUUCUGUGAUACCAGUUAACAUGUUUCAAAAUAGGUUUACUUGACAUCCUGGUUACAUCAGCUAUGCAUGAUUUCUGGUAUUUUGUGUGCCAGUUUAGUUUAAACUAUAUUUCUUUAUUUUCAUCCUUCAGCAAAAGCAGAACUGUGAUUAGUCACAAAUGAAGGAAUGAAAGAGUUUGCCUUAGGUGGUGCUUCUGAAGUUUUUCCCAGGAUUUUUGCCCUCACAUAGUUGGCAUCACAGACGCUGAAUUUCUUAUUAAAACAUACCUCAGAAAUGAUUGUAAGCCAUUAAAUUUGAUAAUAUAAAUCUUACAAAUGAAAGGGGGACUUUUGUAAUGCCUGUGUAAAACAACCAGCAAAAUUCAGUAGACAUAUAAUAUACCAUACCAGCCGUCUAGCAUGUGCAUGAAAGUUUUGAUGGUUUGGAGUUCUUUUAAAUGGAAGGAGUAAGUGAAAAAGAACAAUGAAGGAUUUAUGAAACCUUCAUUGCAGGAAAUAAAGUUGUGUUUGCCUCUAAGGCAGACUGGUUUCUCAUGAAAUCGACAUUAUUGACACAAAUAUUAAGGAAAGUGUGGUUUUAAAGGUAACAUAGUUAAAAUUGUUUGUCCUAGAGCAGUGAUGCCCAACCUUUUUCGGCCUGAGGGCCAUAUCCAUUUCAGACAGCCGUGUCGCGGGCCAUAUCCAUUUCGGACAGCCGUGUCGUGGGCCACUUCACCGC